AUGACCGCCUGGAAGCAGCUUGCUGCAGUAGAUGUUGGUACGGUACGUCAGAAAGUCACCGUGGAAAAGCAUCGCUCCACAACAAGCGGCAUCACCGUGUACCUGGCUCAGGUGCCGGGGCCACUCGUAUGCGGAACGCUCGUUUUCGCCACCGAAGCACACAGCGAUGCCGGCGAACCGCACUGCUUGGAGCACCUUGUCUUUAUGGGAAGUGAGUCAUAUCCUUACAAAGGCGUGUUAGAUCUCGUUGCAAAUCGCUCGCUCGCCCAGGGAACGAACGCCUGGACGGAGACCGAUCAUACGGCGUUCACCGUGGAGACAGUUGGGGCUCGUGCCUUCCUCCACGUCCUACCUGUGUACCUGGAUCACCUGUUUUUUCCUCUACUUCGAGAGUCCGCGUUUCGGACAGAGGUCUACCACGUGGUUGGCGAAACUUGUGCGGACGCCGGUGUGGUCUACUCCGAAAUGGAAGCCCGUGAAAACACUGCAGAGUCGAAAGGCCUCUUGCGCUGCCUCCGCAGCCUCUACGGCGAGCCUGCUCGUUGCGGAUACGCUGCUGAAACAGGAGGCAUCCUGGACGAAAUACGCCAGCUUACCAAUGAGCGCGUCCGAGCCUACCAUCAACAGUUCUAUCGUCCGGAUAAUUUCGCUUUAUUCGUAUCUGGCGUGGUGGACCGCGAUCUCCUCUUCGCUACGCUAUCAAGAUUCGAGCAAAGGCUCGUCAGCGUAUUCACAGCGACGCAUAGACGACCGUGGUCGGAAAGGGUGCCGCCAGCGCCCCGCUUUGGCCUCGUGCGGGAGCGGGUGCUCUUUCCUGCCGAACGAGCUGACUGUCCAGACGAGGCCACCGAUGACACCGGUAUCGUCUUUAUCGGAUGGAGAGGUCCGCCCAUCCAUGACCUGGUCAUGCGUACCGCGAUCGAGGUCAUGAACGACUACUUGAGCGAGUCGGGGAACGCACCGCUUCAGGAAGCAUUGGUGGAGUGCAGCGAUGCCUUCUGUAACGAUGUUUCCUUCAUGCAGAUGGAUUUUCGGAUCACUGCCAACAUCCUUCAGGUGGAAAACGUUCCAAUGCAUCGAUUGGAUGAUGUCUUUGAUCGUGUUAUGGGGAUUCUGGAGGUCACCCACGAGCAGGGCAUCGAUGUGAACGGACGUUUGCGUACCAUCAUCGAGCGCCGGCGCCGGCAGUUCUUUGCCGCCCUGGAGGACGGAGCGAACGAUGCGAUCCUAUCAUUGCUUAUCCCGGAGUUUUUAUACAACGAUCAGGAUGAUCAGGGGUAUUUUCGACAGGCACUCGACAUGCCAGGGGUGCUGGCGCACUUGGCUGCUCUCGAUGAGUCAUUUUGGCGAGAGCACAUCCUGCGGCGUUGGUACCUACCUGGGGAUGGGGAUCACGGGGCCUCGCUGGUCAGCUGCAUUGUCUGCCAACCAAGCAAAGAUGAGGCAAAUCGUUUGCGCACAGAGGCUGCACUACGUAUCCAAGAGCGUCUGGAACGCUUGAGUGCUGCCGAGCGCGUCGCCCUGGGUCAGCGGCUGCAAGAGUCCGUGGCGGAGCACCAGGUGUCUAUCCCGGAGAGCUUAGUCCCGGUGUGCUCUGGGUUGCUUGACCCUGCGAGCAUCUCUCGUUUUCGGGUGGAAACGAUUCGUAUCGAUGAUGUGGGCAGCGGCGUGCGACUGCAAAUUGACGACGUCGAUUCCGAGUUUGUGCGGUUAACAGCGCUGUUGGAUACUCGGGGCCUGAGCGGGCGUCAGCGGCUUCUCUUGCCACUGUUUUUGGAGACGCUCUUUAACACUCGCGUCGGAGAGCGCGAUCAUCGUGCGGUACGGGAUGCGCUGUUGGCGGAUACCGUGGAUUACGGGUGCGCAAUAGGACUCUCGAAAGAAGGUGGCGACGCUGGUGCUGGCUUCGCCAUUGGUGCGUUCUCCCAGCUGAUUUCCGUAACCAUCAAAUCGGAACGAGCGCUCUACGAAACCUGUGUGCACUGGCUCUACGAUAUUCUGUAUCGCUCUCAACUGGAAACCAAUCGAGUGCGUAUCGCUGCACAGAAACUAUUGAACGACGUAGCGCAGCACCGUCGUGACGGCUCCGCACUCGUGGCAUGGCUCUCGAACGAGGUCCUCUACGGGGCGAACGACGAGGCCAAUAUUCCAGCGAUGGCACCCUUUCGCCAGCGCCACUUGUUGCGACAGGUUUUGAAGCUGCUGGGUGAAAAUCGCAACGAUCGUGAUGAGGAUGAACACGACGACGACGAUGAACACGACGGCGAUAUGAAGUACGACGACUGCGGCGAAGCGCACAGCUUUGACGCUCCCGAACGCGUCAUUCCGUCUACGCUGCACCACCGGGCAGAUGAAAUGCCGUCGAGAGUCUGGACGGCGAACGCGCUCGCCACGGAUGCUUCUGCUUCUCCGGACUGGUCAAGGACGACGGGCACAAGCCAGCGAUAUUCGAUGACAGCGCUGCUUGAUGAGCUGGAGGCGCUGCGAAGAAGCCUCACAAGUCCCGGCAAGGUGUUCUUGCAUGCCGUUUUACAUUGCGAUGAGCGUUUAGAUGCCCUGUUAGAGCCGUGGAAGCAGACGUUUGGUGUUAUCAGCGGGAUGCUCCCGAACGGCAACGGCCCGCUACCAGCUCAUCCACAACUCGUUCAGUUUUCGCACGAGGUGCGCCCCAGUGCAUCAGUGCCGCGCCGCUGCAUCGUCGCCGGUGUCGACGGUGUCGAUUCGUGUUACGCAAAACUCAUCUCCGAUGGACCGAAGAGCUUUCUGGACCCGGAUUAUCCGCUCUAUUUGGUUUUGUUUGAACUGCUCGAUGCACUCGAGGGACCGCUCUGGCGUGAUAUCCGGGGCGCUGGCCUCGCCUACGGAUACAAUCUCGGGUGUACGCCCGAGUCGGGGACGGUGUCUCUGAGCUUGUACCGCUCGACUGCUUUCGAGGGCGCCUUGUCUGCGGCGUUGGGCGUAUUAGAGCGGUUUCAUCAGCAACCUCAGGAGCUAAUCGAUGAAAACACCGUUGCAUCGGCGUGCUCAGGCGUCUUGUGCACGCUGCUGAACCAGGAGAGCACAGUCGAGGCUGCGGCUUUCCAGCGACUAUGCAACAGUUGUCGCGGUUUCGAAGGUGACUAUACCGGCGAGCUUCUGGCCAAGGUUAUUAACGUGACGCCCGCGAAGCUUACCGAGUUUGCAACUCGGGUCUUGGCGGCUUUUCGCCUCGAGCAUUGCCUUGUGACGGUUGUAACGAAUCCCGCCAAGGCUCCUGCUGCCAUGGAGGUGCUCCAGUCCAGAGGUGCGUUGCGCACUACCUGCGUCGAUUCACUGGAUGAUUUUUUUGCAUUGGAGAAAACAGUGUAA